AUGGUGUGGGUGCUGUACUGUACAACAGCUUUUACACUCCUUGCCCUCGCUCUGAAGGUGUCUGUCUUAGGCCCUCACCGGAUCAAUAAUAUCUCCAUCCUCCGCGCCACCCUAUCGUUGCGAAUCCUGCCGCCGCCCGGUUCCGUUAUCCAACCACCGUCUGGGCCCGGGGUCUGUAUUCCAGAUGGAACAGUCGGGUCCGAGAGCCCUUCUGCAGUAUUUAUUCCUCUUCUGUCACUGCUUUCUGCGGCAGUGUUUAGGUCUUUGUAUGUGACUUUCCAAGGUCUAGCAUCCACACCAGUGACUUUUCAAGGUCUAGCAUCCACACCACCUGAUGAUUUAUGGUUCAGCACCCAUAUCAUCAUCAGGAGUCGAACAGACGACUCCUGCAUCCAACAGUGGCAUGGUUUCGGACAGGAGCUUGUGAAAAAAGACAUUCCCUUCACCUUCCUAGCGCCGUACCGUUAUCCGUUCAACCAGUGUCCCUUCACACCUAACGAGACGCAGCUUGCGUCGUACUUGUCGGGUAUCAUCAACGCCGUGGCCGCCUCUGGUUCUCCCCUGCCGCCGCGCACCAGCUCCCUCACUUCCCGCCUGCUCAAGAACACCCCAAGCUGGAAGCCCUGGACCGCCACCUCGAACCCCGUCAUGAACAUAGACACGGCUGGACCGCGGGUGUUUGAGGCGGCUGACCUGCUGCUGGAUGCCAAGUGUCAAUUCUGGGACGACCUCCUGAACGCGGACAUAACCGCGGGCACUGCCUUCCACAGCUGAAGAAGUAAAUACCGCACGUAAGGACAGAUCUUUCACUUUUGCUGGAAUUGUGGGCUCGCAAUUAAUAAUAAUAAUAAUGAUCAAACACGUGCCACCAGGCCGCGGUAGGUGUGCAACGGCACCAGGCAUAUCCACCAGCCGCGGUCCAAAGCUGUCCCUAGCUCGCAGCAGUGUCUGGUGUCCCGUCGAGCCUGUUGGAUAUCGCCGCGGAUUGCCUCCCCGAGCUUACCCAGCUGCUAAGGCU